AUGGGUGUGAGGGUGAACGGGCUUGCGCGAUUUGAGAGUGAUCUUCAGCUUUUGUGCCGCAGCGUGUUCACCAAUGUGAAUGAGAAAUCCCCCAUGUAUCGAGCAGCACGCCAGCUCUUUGCACUCAGCCGCUCAACCAUCGAUGGUAUCAAGACUAGCUUUCUCACCGCCCUUGCUGCCGCACACAUGGCUUCCACCGAUCGCCCUGCUUCUGCUGCUCCUGCUGCUGCUGGCAGCAGUUUUGGUGGUGCUGGUGGUGGUUUUGGUGGUGCGAGCGGGGUAGGGGCUGGUUCUCGGAUGGGGUCGGGAAGAGGGAAUGGGCCUGUUUCUGCGAGAACUGGAGGGAAGAGGGAGAGAGAGGGAGCAGGGGUGAGACGAGUGAGUAAGAGGAGAAAGAGUGCUGCGGAUUCGGAUAGCAGUGGGUAUGAGAGUGACUCGGAAGAGGAGGGGAGGUUUGGGUAUGAGAUGGAGGAGGAGGAGUGGAAGGGGGAUUCGGGCCGAAACAUCUGGUCGGAGUCAGAAGAGGAGGAUGAGGAGGAUGAUGAGGAGGAAGAGGAUGAGGAAGGAGAUGAGAGAGGGGAUUCGGACUUGGAUGAAUUUGAAUCGGCAGAGGAGGAAGGUUCCGACGCAGGUUCCGAGACCAAGAAAGCUGCUGCUGCCGCAGCCGCCGCCGCUGCUACAGCUGAAGUCGCAACCACCAAGGCGAAACCCGGGCUUCCAAAGUCAGGGGGGCGUCGAGCAUCGGAAACAGCCGCCCAUGGUGCUGCCAGCAAAGCCAAACACGCGCCUGCUAGCGGUAGUGGUCGGAAUGGUAUCAGAGCGGCUCGUGCUGAGUCCUCCUCUCCCUCCUCUCCUGCCACCCCUGCCACCUCGGGCACCUCCUCUCCCUCCGCCUCCUCCCCUGCCUCCUCUGCUUCAGAAGGAGAGGAGGGGACUGAGAGUGAAUCGGGCUCUGAUGCCCAGUCGUCUUGCUCCCUGGGUGGGUCUGUACGGCCUGUGGGGUCUAAGGGAUCGGGACCAGUGGUGGUGGUGAAUGUGGCUGAUGAGGAGAUGAGGAGGCAUUGGGGGAACAGGAUGACGAGGGCGGCUAUGGUGCCGCCAGUGACGCGGCAGUAUGAGGUGAUUGAGGAGUAUGUGAUCGUGGAGGAGGAGGAGGGCGUGCGGAGGAAGAUGCGGGUGGAGCUGCCUGCGGGUUAUGCUGAGAAAGCAAGGCAGGCGCAAGCCAUGGCUGAUGCCAACCGGUACAUACACUUGGAGCUGCCAGAGGUGAGGGAGUGGCGACCGCGCAAGGCAGUGGGGCCAGAGGUGGGCGAGCAGGAGGUGUAUGGUAUCGACCCCUACACUCACAACCUGUUGCUGGACACACUGCCCUUCAUGCCUCCCACUGAGACAGAUGAAGAACGACACUCGUUCAUCGAGGACCGCCUGCUGCCAGCCCUGAACCAACUGGCAGCGUCCUUCCGAGGCAAGGUGCCGCUAGAGCUAGACCUGAUGCCUGUGGUGGCUCUCAUGAAGAUUGAUGCUGACAAGAAGGGCGACCAUGCAUUGAGGGACCUGUGCAAGGCACUUUACUCCGCAAUGCGUGCGCGGAGGAACAUGAAGAAACCAGACAAGUAUUUGGCUUACAGGAAGGGUCUGGGAGUGGUGUGCAAGGCCCCCGAGGGCAUUCCCAAGGAGGACUUUGUGGUGGAGUUCUUUGGGGAGGUGUACCCGCCGUGGCGGUGGCAUGAGAAGCAGGACGGCAUUCGCAUGAUCCACAACAAGGAGGCCGUCUCAGAGUUCUACAACAUUCUGCUGGAGCGGCCGAAGGGAGACGAGGCGGGGUACGAUGUGUUGGUGGUGGAUGCCAUGCAUCGGGCCAACUUCGCUUCUCGCCUCUGCCAUUCCUGCAGCCCCAACUGCGAAGCCAAGGUGGUGGCAGUGGAUGGAUCAUACAUGAUUGGUGUGUACGCCAUUCGCCACAUCCUGCCCGGGGAGGAGCUCACAUUCGACUAUAACUCCGUCACUGAGAGUGUAGAGGAAUACAAACAAGCUGUCUGCUUAUGCGGCCACCGGUAUUGCAAGGGAAGCUACCUGCAUUUGGGUGGCGGGCAGUCCUACACGCACGUGAUCAGCCAGCACCAUGCUGUGGUGCGACGGCAUGCGCUGCUGCUGAUGGCGUCAACAGGGGGAGGCAUCACGGAGGCCGAGGAGAGUGCCCUGAGAAGGGCCGGCAUCGGCAGCAGCCUGCUCUCUGACCUGCCGGAUUGGGCCAUCCGUUACACUGCCCUGCUGAUGGAGUUUAUAGAGGAGGAGAAGUACCUGUUACCGGAGCUGAUAGUAAAGGAGCGUCUGAGCGAGAGGGCCAAGCAGGGCAAGCACAGGCGUCCCUCUGAUGCUGCUGCCGCUGCUGUUGCUGCUGCUGCUGCUAAUAGUGACUCUGCUGGGGGAAUGGGAGAGCUUGGUUCUGGUGCUGCUGGUGUGAAUGGUGGGAGGCGAGAUGGGGAUGGGGAUGAGAAGAGGGAGGAAAAUGAGGCGGAUAUGAAGGCUGGAGCUGGAGAGGGGAGGAUGAAUGUGGCAGGGAAAGGCGGGGAAGGGGAUGGUGGUAGGAGCGUCAGUAGUGGUGGUGUUGCUUGUGCCGAUGCUGAUUGUAGGGUAAAUGGCGAUGCAAAAGGUGCUGCUGCUGCUGCUGCUGCUGCUGCUGGUUCUGGUUGUGAUAUUCGUGCUGUGAACGGUUUUCACGGCAAUGCGUUGAAGAAUGCUGGUCUUGGUGCUAGUGCGGUUGGGAACGGUGCUAGAGAAAGCGCGAGCGGUGCAGAGGGGCAUGCUUGCAAUGAUGGCAACAAUGGUGAUGCUAAAGGUUGUGAUGCUAACGGGGCAGGUUCUAGUAACGGGGACGGUGAUAAGGAGGAUAAAGAUGCGAGAAACGAGGCCGAGGGCGUUUACCUUGGUCGCCUACAGAACCUAGCCAUAACAAUGGACCGGGUGCGCUACUGCCUCAAGUCGCUCUACGGAGAUCCCAAGGCCGGCCCGCCCCCUCUCCGCCUGGUGACGGGGCACGAGCUCGUGCGCAAGGUGUGGGGCGGCGAGGGGUCUGUGGUGGCGGUGCUGCUGCGCUGCAUCGCUCUGCACCUCGACCGCCCGGCGUUUGUGGCGUUCCGGCAGCGCGUGCGGGAGAGGACACCUAAACCCAACGCGCACGCGCUUAAGCGCAGUCUACUAUGGCUGCGGGACGAGCUGCUCCAGCUGCCCGUGACGGCGGGCAGCCGAAACGACGCAGCAGCCGAUCUCAUCCAUCUAUACGCCUACACCACCAACGUGUUCGCCCUCCACGAAUACCCGCCCUUCGACUCCCCACCCAUGACCAUCGUCGCAUCUGACCUCGGCCGAAACAUCGCAUCGCCCUCUCCCUCGGUCCCGCCGCCCUCCUCCUCCUCCUCCUUCGCACACUACCCGCAGCAAGACGAGUGGGAGUGGGUGAAAGAAUACGAUAGUGAUUACAUUUACGGGCAGCUGAUUUUUUGGUUCAAGCAGACGCUGGUGGAUCCAGGCAAGGCGUUGAGGGCUUUGAGAAGGGGGUGCCUUCUCUUGCCGGACCCAUCGUCUUGUUAUUCGAAGAACCCACUGCAAGCGCUGCCGAGGGCGUAUGGGCAGAGGGAGAGGAGGUCACUGCUGCAUCGCAUGGAAAAGAUGCCGGAGAAGCCAUGGCCCAAAUCGUCCGAAUCGUCCAUCUGGGACUUCCGGUCAGCCCGAAAACUUUUUGGCUCGCCGAUGCUCGACGCUGCCAUCGCAGCUAAGCCGUUGGAUCCUGAGAUGGUGGCGUGGUUCAAGAACCGACCAAUCACGUACGUUGGCCCGUAUGACACGUAG